AUGGCUACCACCACCACGCGCGGCGCUCGGGAUAGCCCUUUCCCUGCUCCCUCUGAGGGAGAGAUCAAGAAGGAGCUCAACAUGAAGGGCGACACAAUCUCUGGCGGCUCGACUGAGCUCUCGUACCUGAAAUCGCUCGUCUCGCAGCUCAACGACAAGAUCGCUCAACUCGAGUCGAAAGCGUCGUCGACGAUUUCAUCGAUCACGGGCUCGACGCCAUCUGGUGUGCGAAUGAUCCUGAUUGGGCCUCCUGGUGCUGGCAAGGGAACGCAGGCGCCCAAGAUCUUGGAAAAGUUCAACAACUGCGUCUGCCACCUGGCUACGGGCGACAUGCUUCGUGAGCAGGUGUCCAAGCAGACCGAGCUCGGAAAGAUGGCCAAGAAGAUCAUGGAUCAAGGCGGACUUGUCUCGGACGAGAUCAUGGUCUCGAUGAUCAAGGACCAGUUGGAGACCAACCCGAGCUGCAAGGGUGGAUUUAUCCUCGAUGGAUUUCCGCGCACCACGCCUCAGGCCGAGAAAUUGGACGGCAUGUUGAAACAGAAGAACCAGAAGCUCGAUCACGCUGUCGAGCUCAAGAUCAACGACAACCUCUUGAUCUCUCGUAUCACCGGCCGUCUAGUCCACCCGGCAUCUGGAAGGAGCUACCACAAGGAGUUCAGUCCUCCUAAGAAGCCCAUGACCGACGACGUUACUGGCGAACCGCUGAUUCAGCGCAGCGACGACAACGCCGAGACGCUGAAAAAGAGGUUGGCCACCUACCACGCCCAGACCGCCGCAGUGACCGACUACUACCGAAAGCAAGGCAUCUGGGCACCCGUAGACGCCAGCCAGAGCCCCAAGGUCGUCUGGCAGAGCAUCCAGGCCAUCUUUGACAACAAGCAACCUCAGCCUUCCAACUAG